AUGCAGGCCAAUGGUAUCUCCAACGUAAUUAUACCAGACGCGAAGGACCUAGGGAGAGCGCUGUGCAUCAUCACCGGAGCGUCCAAAGGAUUUGGCCGAACCAUAGCGAAAGAGAUUUCCCUGUUACUUAAACCGAGGUCGGUGCUUAUUUUGGCCGCUCGCUCCGAUGAGAAAUUGCGGGAACUCCAGGAAAAUUUGGCUUCGUCGGAUGCGGGCAGGGCAGGGUUGGUAACUCGUUGUGUUGUCGUAGACCUGGGAAUGAAAGAAGGGGUGGAAAGUGUUAUCAGAGCGGCGAAAGAGAUUUCCUCCGAGGAUAUUGACCAUCUCAUACUGAUAAACAAUGCUGCCUCACUGGGAGACGUGUCGCGCUAUGCCCAGAGUUUCACCAACAUGGCGGAGGUGGACUCCUACCUGUCACUCAACGUAAGCUCCGCCCUCAGCCUGACAGCCGGCCUGCUGCAGGUGUUCCCACGACGACAGGGGCUGCGGCGCUGUGUAGUCAAUGUGAGCUCGUUGUGUGCCCUGAAGCCCCUCCCCUCCUGGGUGCUGUACUGCACAGGCAAGGCAGCCCGAGACAUGAUGUUCCGUGUGCUGGCAGAGGAGGAGCCGGACCUUCGUGUACUCAACUAUUCCCCAGGUCCCCUGGACACGGACAUGCAGGUGGAGGCCAGGGACUGCACGGCAGACCCUGGUGUGAGGAAGUCCUUCUCAGUCAUGCUCUCCCAGGGUCAGCUGCUCACCUGUGAAGACUCCUGUGCUAAGCUGAUGAAGGUGCUGCUGGAGGAUGAAUACCUCUCCGGAGCACACCUUGAUUUCUAUGAUCUGUAGGGAGAGAGGGGGGAACUAGAAGACACAGUGUGGCUCAGACUGGAGAUUAAUAUUUCUGGUGUAGGUACAAUUUUAUAGCCAGAACAACUGGUACAGAUCAGUUAGUUCGCUUCAAAGAUGGUUUUGGGUUAAUAAGAUCUGAUUCUAAACCUGUUUUCGAAGGUGGUAAGGUUUGAGUGAACCUUUUACCGAAUCAGGAGACAUGGAGAGAAGGAAGGUUGAAGAUGUUUCUGUCAUCCAAUGCCAUAGGCCUACUGUAGUUACUGAGUUUGGCAAACUAUCCUGAGUCAAUGUUAGGGCCUAACAUUCCAUCCCAUGACAGUACUGUUCUAAUUUGCCUUGGAACUUUUGGUACCAAAAUAGCAUAUAUUAAAGUUCUUUAUCUCAGA